AUGGAAUCCCUACCUAUUAUCGACCUGGCUCUGGCCCAGGACCCUGCAACAAAGCCUCAGCUGCUAGAGGAUCUCAAGAAUGCUCUUUUCCGAAUCGGCUUUCUCUACCUCGUGAAUCAUGGUGUGGAGAAGGAGGCUCGAGCUCUUCAGAAGUUCUCGCCCAAGGCUUUUACCGAUCUGUCCCACCAGGAGAAGGAGAGCAUUGCGAUGCUCAACAACCCCCACUUCAUUGGAUACACAGCUCUCGGCAGUGAAACUACUGCUGCCAAAACAGAUCAGCGAGAACAGUUUGACUUCGGAUCAUACGGCAAGGAGAGCUCCUGGAAGGAAGGUGACGAGCCCUACAAGCGGCUGGACGGACCCAAUCGAUUCCCAGAGGGCAAAACUGGUGAGGAAAUGAAACAGGCAGUCACAGCAUACCUCGACGCCAUGAAGGAGAUGAACUUCAAGUUUCUGCAGCUCGUGGCCGAGUGUCUCAAUUUGCCCAAGAACUCGGUGACGGACUUCCUAGGCGAGAUGGACCGUCUCAAGCUGAUCAGAUACCCUCCUGGAGAUGGCCAGGGAGUCGGUCCCCAUAAAGACUCGUCCGGCAUGUUUACAUAUGUUCUGCAAGACCAGACAGGAGGCCUGCAGGUCCUCAACUCGGAGGGAAAGUGGAUCGAUGCCACUCCUAUCCAGGACUCGCUCGUGUGCAACAUUGCACAGGGAUUUGAGGCUCUCACUGACGGACACUGUGGAGCUACCACUCACCAGGUACAGAGCCAGCCCAAGGAACGACACUCCAUUGCAUAUUUUUGUGGAGUGCGUCUGGAUCUCACUCGUGAGGCUGUCCAGGAGCAGUGUCGGUUCAUCAAGGACAAGAUCCCAUCUCCUCAAGACGCCAGAAAGCGGGAGGUGGACGUGGCGUCCGAAUUCAUCAGCGAGAAGUACUCUUGCUUCGGAGAAGCCCAUCUGCGGAACCGGAUUGUGUCCCAUAGAGAUGUGGGGAAGAAGUGGUACCCGGACCUUUACGACAAGUACAUUUCCGAUUAUUAA